AGAGUGAUGAGGCCUUAACUUAACUCGGAAUGUGUCUUGUGUAAUCGAAUUAGGUAUUGUUUCUGAGUAUGGGAAAUCCGAGUCUCUCAUCUCUCUUGUUGGUCUUACUCUGCAUCAUCUCUCUCAUCCUUGCCUUGGCUCAGGCAGAUUCAGAUUCUCAUUUCGAAGGCUUUGAAGCCGAAGACGACGAUGACGACUUGGAAGACUCUUCCAUCCAUCCAGCCUCUCUCCGAUCACCCCCCCUCUCCGACCCUACUCCCACUCCCCAGCCUCCACCUUCGGAUCUCCCCAAAUUCCCUCCCUUCGAUUUUUGGGACGACGAUGAAUUCGAAGGCGUCCCCGUGGAACACUCCUCCCCCGAGCCUCCCUCCGAUCCCAAAUCCCCCGAAAACGCCACCACCACUCAAACCCCUCCAACCCCCAACCCUCCUCGCUCCUUCUCCGUGGAGAUCAUCUGCGGAAGCUUUCUUAUCAUGUUCGCAAUCAAUUACUUCUCCGGGAAGCGCGAGAACGAGAACAUCGCGCUGUCGUGGGCGGCGCAGUUCGCGGCGAAGGAUUCGAUCUUCGAGAAGAAUUUCAGCCUCUUGUGGAUCGGCGACGGUGUAGACGAGGAGGAAGCGCCACUGCUGCUGAAGGAAGGCCAGACGACGUUCAAGUACUACGCGAGCGGGAGAAGGUACUGCCAGGGGUUGCUUGCCACUCUGGAGUUGAAGAGCAGGCACGAUCUCAUCGCCAGGAUCUACAACAUGAUCGUUCCUUGCAGGGACGAGAUCGCCUUCGAGGUCUACAUGAACGACGACGCCAUGGAUCAUGUCGUUUUCGCCAUGGCCAAGAAGAAGGUCGCCAAGGCCAUGCACAAGGAUGUCACGGAUUUGCAGAGGUUCGGUACCCUUCUCUCGGCUCCCUCUGCCACUGCCACUGCCACUGCCACUGCCCGUAAGUGGGUCGCUGAUGACCUCGCUGUCAUUUCUGAGUCCAAGGAGGUCGCUAAUGAUUUGAUCACCGAUGCCGUCAUUGAUCAGGUUUUUGGUGAGAAAGCUUUUGAGAAAUUUGGAAAAGGUUUAAUUUCAUUGCAUUUCUCCGACCAGCACCCUGGUAUACACAAAAAGAUAUUGUUGUUCAAGUUUGUGCUUCCAGCUGCUAAGGACAUGGCUGAUAUGACUCGACUGGUGGCUCUUGUUCCGUAUUAUAUUGACUUGAUCGGACGAUACAAAUUAAGUUCUCAGGCUCGGUCUAAAACAGAGGCUGCACGACAAAAGGCUGCUCUAGAAGCACAGAAAGAACUCCGAAAUGCGCAGCAAGAAGCCAUGCAGAGAAGAAAAGCAGAGAGGAAAAAGAUGGUGGAGGAGGCUGAGGCAAAGCUCAGUGCAGAGGCUGUUCGAAAGAAAGAAGCAAAAGAGCGUGCUCGUCAAAUGAAGAAGGCAAUGCCAAGGAUGAAAAUGUCUCGUGGUGCCUAAUUCUUGAAUUGAUGAUUCGUUCGCCUGUAGAAUUGAAGGCCUUACCCACCCCAGCGUACGUUGUAUUGUAGUUGGCCUUUUGUAGAAUUUACGGCAAUGUACGUUUUUAGUUGGCAUUUCAUCCUAACUAGCUAGAUGGGUGUGACCACGUCUUAGGGGGAUUUUGAAUGUACCAAAAUUUCCAUUUUAGAGCUCUUGAUAACAAGUUAAAUCUCUUUAUUCUAGCUUCCAUGUGACAGUUCUGUAUUCCCAUUUUCUUUUUUCAUCGUGCUGUGACAAAUGUCUAAUGACCUUGCUUUUGAAUUUUUUGAACUCUAUUUUCAUA